AUGGCGGCGGCUUGGGCGCUGGAUUCAGCUGCCGGCAAGAGGCUUACUGAGUCCAAGAACUGGCCUUCCAGUGUUGACGGCAGGCCUGGGGAAUCAAGCCUGCGGUCUAGAAUAGCUUCGGAGAGGGGCUCUAGGUCCGGCAAUGGGGGUGAUGCGCAGCAUGGACACUCUGGUGUCGAGGCUGAGGAGUCGGACGGUGGAUCCGCAUAUUCGGAUAAGACGCUGGGGUGA